AUGGACUGUGAAGAUCUCGGAACGGUGGAUUACAUGAAAUGGCACAAAAUGCUGUUGCGCUACUGCCAGCCACAGCGGAUCCUCAACUCCGUCAUGAAUAGACAUGCAUUCAUCUUCUACAUCAACCCAACGGAGUACCUUAAACAAGAGCAAGUUGAAAAAUUUGUUGGUAUUUCUUCUUCACAGACUCUCGGUGCACUUCAAACCAAACCUGGGGGAUGUGAAGCUCAUUAA